CGGGUCCAAACCUGGGCCCGGCCCGCCAGGCCAUGGACCCGAGACGGCCUAGCUUCCUGCCGGUUCAGGGUCGUGAUAACCCAACCCUCCGGCCCGCCCCCCGACCCGGCCCGGCAUUUGGCCAUGCUCACUUUAUAUAGGGUUUACCAUCGUCGUACGCCUAUAGAGAAGUGUUCUCCUAUAGUGAAAACGUUGGACCAAUAUUCUGCCUCAUUAUGGCUUUAUUACAGGUGCCUUGAGUCACUCAAGGCCGUAAUAUCCAUCAACACGAUGAGAUGCAUCGUUGAGCUGAUAUAUAUGCCCACUUUAUAUAGUGUUUACCAUCUUCGGACGCCUAUAGAGAAGUGUUCUCCUAUAAUGGACACGUUGGACCUAUAUUCUGCCUCAUUAUGGCUUUAUUACGGGUGCCUUGAGUCACUCAAGGCCGUAAUAUCCAUCAACAAGAGUGGAUGCAUCGUUGAGCUAAUCUAUAUGUCUCUGCACAUAUAUUGUGUGCCAGUAAAUGCUCGGCGUCGAGUCUUCAGGGAGAGUGACGUUGGUGCGCUGGUAUUGUCCCUGACAAUGAGUGGCAUAUGUUGGUUUGUAAAUGGAUGGGAGAAAGGACUUUCUGACAGCGAUGCCUAA